CUCUGGUGACGUUUUUCCAAUCGACUCCAGAAAACUCUCCGCCGCCGCGGCCUAGCGCUCCCGGUCGCUCUUUCCCAUCAUUUUAAUCACUCAUGUCCGUCUGUCCGAACCCAAACCGAGCGGGAUCCGCUGCCGUAUGAGGCGCUGAACACGGGACUGUCGAUUUAAACGGAGUUUUUACCCGGAAAGCGAGUGAAAUUGCAGUAAACAGACUGAGGGAGCGAUGACAUCCCGAAGGUGGUUCCACCCCAACAUCACUGGAGUGGAGGCGGAGAACCUUCUCCUCACUCGUGGUGUGGACGGCAGUUUCUUGGCCCGUCCCAGCAAAAGCAACCCUGGAGACUUUACGCUCUCUGUCAGGCGAAAUGGCGCCGUCACCCACAUUAAGAUCCAAAACACGGGAGACUAUUACGACCUGUACGGUGGAGAGAAGUUUGCCACUCUGGCUGAGCUGGUGCAGUAUUACAUGGAACAUCACGGACAGCUGAAAGAGAAAAACGGAGACGUCAUUGAGCUGAAAUACCCGCUCAACUGUGCCGAUCCCACUUCUGAGAGAUGGUUUCAUGGUCACCUGUCUGGUCGUGAGGCUGAGAAGCUGUUAACGGAGAAGGGCAAGAAUGGAAGUUUCCUGGUGAGAGAAAGUCAGAGUCACCCGGGAGAUUUUGUGCUGUCCGUACGGACCGGAGAUGACAAGACGGACACCAGCGACGGCAAACCCAAAGUCACACAUGUCAUGAUACGAUGCCAGCAUGAUCUGAAGUAUGAUGUCGGUGGUGGGGAGAAAUUUGACUCACUCACGGACCUGGUGGAGCAUUACAAGAAAAACCCUAUGGUGGAAACACUGGGGACAGUCCUGCAGCUCAAACAGCCUCUGAACACUACCCGCAUCAAUGCAGCAGAGAUCGAAAGUCGGGUACGAGAGCUCAGCAAGCUGGCAGAGACCACAGAUAAGGUCAAGCAGGGAUUCUGGGAGGAGUUUGAGACGCUUCAGCAGCAGGAGUGUAAACUACUCUACAGUCGCAAGGAGGGCCAACGGCCAGAAAACAAAAACAAGAACAGAUAUAAGAACAUUCUACCCUUCGACCACACGCGAGUCGUGCUGACCGACGGUGACACGAACGAACCAGGCUCGGACUACAUCAACGCCAACAUCAUCAUGCCUGAUAUCGAGACUAAAAGCAACAAUGUCAAGUCGAAGAGGAGCUACAUCGCAACGCAGGGCUGUCUGCAAAACACCAUCAGCGACUUCUGGAGGAUGGUGUUCCAGGAGAACUCUCGAGUCAUCGUCAUGACCACGAAGGAAGUGGAAAGAGGAAAGAGUAAGUGUGUAAAGUAUUGGCCUGACGUGGCUGCUCUGAAAGAGUACGGAGCCAUGCGUGUGCGGAACGUGAAGGAAACUUUGGCACAUGAUUACAUCCUGCGCGAGCUGAAGCUGUCAAAAGUUGGACAGGGUAAUACUGAGCGUACAGUGUGGCAGUACCAUUUCCGCGCCUGGCCUGACCACGGUGUGCCUGGAGACCCUGGUGGUGUGCUGGACUUUCUGGAGGAGGUCAAAAUGAAGCAGGAGAGCAUAACUGGGGCUGGACCCAUCGUGGUGCACUGCAGUGCUGGGAUUGGACGAACAGGAACGUUUAUCGUGAUUGAUAUUUUAAUAGACAUCAUCAGAGAAAAGGGAGUGGACUGUGAUAUCGACGUGCCCAAGACUAUCCAGAUGGUGCGAUCUCAGCGUUCAGGAAUGGUACAGACAGAGGCCCAGUAUCGCUUCAUCUACAUGGCCGUGCAGCAUUAUAUUGAGACUCUACAGCGCCGCAUAGAGGAGGAGCAGAAAAGUAAAAUUAAAGGACGCGAGUACACCAACAUCAAAUACUCUCUAUCUGACCUGACCGGAGGAGAUCAGAGCCCUCUGCCACCGUGCACACCAACACCAACCUGUGCCGACAUGAGGGACGACAGCUCUCGGGUCUAUGAGAAUGUGGGUCUAAUGCAACAGCAGAAGAGUCACAGAUGAGACUCAGAUUCCAGCACUGUCCAAAUCACAGGAACUGUUUUUGUUGUUGCCAGACGCUCUUGAACACCUAAGAAGUGACCAUGACUAAACGGAGAGACAAAAAAAAGACAAAAAAAUACAGGAAAAAAUAAAAAAGAAGAAAAAAAAAAAUCCAGAGACCGGUCCACACAAGCUCAGAGACAUGCGGAUGGAGUGAAUUUCAUUUCUCCUUCCAGCUACGUAGCCUUUUAACCCCACACUAAGAAACCACUGUGACGAUCAUGAAGCCUUACACAGAAUAAACCCAAAACAGCCCCCUGCAAAAUCAUGUCUUUUUGGGUGUGGAGUUUUCUGAAAUCGAUUCAGGCUACUUUUAGCGUGUGUGGGAAAAGCUUACGCUCUUUCGUUCAUCUCUUAACAUUGUUUUCUUUCUCCAUCUCUUUUAAGAAAAUGGACAGUAUCAUCACAUACGCCUUUACUAAAAUAAUUGGGAACAGAAGAGAAGAGAAAGGAAUGAGGUGCAUCCUUUUCCUCUUUUGCGAACGGAAGGGAUGCACCUCAUCUUCCGCCACAUUCAGUAAAAGGCCCGACGUGCCAUUUUAGUGCUAGUGCUAAAGUCAGAUCAGAGGAAUCAUUCUUCUAGUCCACUUUCACAUCCUCUGCCUUCAGUUGAAGCCCAGCGUCCUUAAGACUUUGCUCCAAACAGCAGGAGAUCUUCAGCACACCCUCGGUUUGCCUUUUCGUCCCCCUCGAGAGCGACGUCCUGACUUUUCCGUGGGACACAACGUCCGUGUCACUGGCUUGUUUGUGUUACUGAAUUAUAGUUCUGCUGCAUCAGGCCACCCAGCAGCUGCUUUGCUUGACUGCGAAGUCUGUUUCUUGUUAUUUUAUAAUGAUUUUGCUGUCUUUUUUUAAAAAAAGAAACUUUUUAUUUACGUCAAAGCACCAUAUGAACUUAAUUUUCAAAUCAAGAGUGACUGCACAUUCGUAACCCUGGUGAUUUUUCUCGCUUGUAAAGAGCUGUGGAUAAAAUAAAGGGUUGAAAAGUGUUAUUCGGGCCCUCUAUGAUGGACAGACUUGACUUUUGGAUUAUUUUUGCCAGGCCACUUGGCUAAUUUUUUUUUUUUUUUUGUUGUUGUUUUUUUGCCUUUUAUAGUUUUUGCUCGCUUCACUAAACCAAACUCUUGUUGUGUUCAGCAUCAGCAGUAUUUUGUAAUUCGUUUAACAUUUUCGCAAGUGCUUUCUCUUCAUAACCGUUGUCUUUGUUCACAGCCUUAGGUGUCUUAAGAUCACAGUUUCGUUUGUAUUAUCUGGCCUUGACUUUCUUGCUUUCUUGAUUCCUUGAGACAAAUAUCUGGCAUACUGUAGCGUGUUUAUCGUCCUGAAGUGUGUGAGCGUGUUUGUAGCAAGUCCGGUCUUCUGUUUCUGCCAUGCUUUUUGUUUCUUGUAAACAUUACACACGACUGUGUGUGUCGGUGACCAAUUAUUUUCCUUUUGAAACCAACAAAAGUCCCAGUCCUCUUCGCUACAUGGAAAGCAUUACAGUCCAAACAACUAAUGUGAAUUUUUGUCAUCGUGAAGAGAACGAAACGGUUGUGGAACUCGAUGCAAACUAUAUUUUUUAAACUUGUAUAUUGUACAUGAAUAUCUUGUAGAGGAGAAUGUACUUACUAAACAUAUGUAAUUGCCAUUAAGAUAUACUGUAUGUUUAACCCAGCAGCAUUUCUUCUCGUGCCAGACGGUGAGCCUUACGGAAGCUAAUAGGGUUGAUCGUGUUGUUCGGCUAGCAAUGCAAUUAACCAACAUGAACUCCUUCAUAACAAUAAACAAGAAGCUCACAUCUUCA